AUGGGGUCAACAGCCUACGCAGCGUACAAUGGCUCUGCCAGUGCCAGCCGUGCUUAUACAGUGACCGCCAUUGGCAGGUGGUCUAUCCUCGACAAGCAGCUCCCGGCUGCGGACAAGAUCAAGGCGAUCCACGUAUAUGACUUCGACAACACGCUCUUCAAGACACCUCUUCCGAAUCCGAAACUCUGGAAUGGGCCGACAAUAGGAACGCUGGCGAACCCUGAUGUCUUCGUCAACGGCGGUUGGUGGCAUGACUCCCGCAUCCUCGCCGCCACAGGCGAGGGCCUCGUAAAAGAAGAGCCGCGAGCAUGGGAGGGCUGGUGGAACGAAAAGAUCGUCGAGCUUAUCCACCUAACCAACAAGCAGAAGGACGCGCUCUGCGUGCUCCUCACGGGUCGGUCCGAGUCUGGCUUUGGUGAACUUAUUAAGCGCAUGGUAACCAGCAAGGGCCUCGAGUUCGACCUAAUAUCUUUAAAGCCGGCCGUCGGCCCCAACAAUGAGCGUUUUGCCAAUACCAUGGUCUUCAAGCAAACGUUCCUGCAGGCUCUGAUGGAGACAUACAGGCUUGCGGAAGAGAUACGCAUCUAUGAGGACAGGAUAAAGCACGUUAAGGGCUUUCGUGACUUCUUGCAAGACUACAACAACAGGAAACUAAGUGGGUUAGGAGACCCUCUUGCGCGUGGGCCCAUCAAUGGCGAGGUUAUUGAAGUGGCGGACGUGGCCACCUACCUGGAUCCCAUCGUCGAGGUGGCUGAAGUGCAGCAAAUCAUCGAGGACCAUAACGCCGCCCUGUGCAAGCGACGGCGUGGCAUCCGAGGCGAGCGCCUCGCCAUCAAGAAGACAGUGUUCUACACAGGAUACAUGAUCAACAACGCUGAUACACAGCGGUUGCUCACCUUGGCACAGAUUCCGCAGAACCUCCCCGAGGGAGACAUCAAGUUUCAUGCCAACAACAUCAUGAUCUGUCCCCGGCCAUGCCCGCCCGGCAUCUUGGAGAAGAUCGGCGGCAUGGGGAGCAAGAUGACCUGGGAGGUGACCGGCACAGCCUGCUUCGAGAACACCAUCUGGGCGGUACGCGUGAAGCCCGUACCCACGACAGCAAAGGUUCACACAGGCGACCCAGUCCCGCUGGUCGUGCUGGCGCUGCGCAAGGGCGCCCGCCAUAUCGACGCAGGUAAGAUCGAACACUGGCAGCCGGUGCCGCCGGACAUGGCCCUCCGGUUCGAGACGACGGUCGCCGAGAAGAUCCUGCUCCGCAUCGAGGGCGAGGACUCGGCCCAGUCGUCAUUCCAUGGCAAUGGCAAGGCGGCGCUCAACAAGCGCAAGCACACCAAUUCGUCAGACGACUUCCGCGCGCGGCCGAGCGGCGGAGCGCAGCAGCAGCAGAGGCAGUUCCACAAUUUCGCCGGCGGCGGCGGAGGAGGUGGUGGUGGUCGCGGGGGAGGUGGCAGAGGCGGCUUCCGCAGCGGUGGCGGCGCGAAUCGGGGGUUUAGGGGCCAACGCAGUGGCGCGCCUAAGGGUCGUGGGGCCCGGGGCGGCCAUGGUGGCGGAGGCCAUCACUACAAGUCGCUGGACGAUGUGGGCGGGCGUGAUAGCCAAGGUGGAUUCGCCCAAAUGUACGAGGAUGAACCGCAACAGAGGGUGUUCCAGAACCAGAACAUCCCCACGGGCCCGUCAAACCCUGGGAAUCCCGGGUACUACGGUGGCCCUCAACAGCACGGUGGCUGGACACAGCAUCAGCAGUCGGGACGUCCCGGUGGAGGGGCCGGCCCGGAGCUGAACAACUAUUACUGA